AUGGCUGAACGUAAAUCAGCAUAUGGCGCACCCGCCUCCGAUACCGACUUUCGAAAGACAUGGGAUAAAUCCGAAUACGAGGCGAAGGCAAAGAAGGAGAAUGAGGAACACAGAGAAGAAGCCAAGGCUCGCUAUGAAGCCAAACUCGAAGGCAAGAAAUGGCACAAGCCUGUCGACUUCUCGGCGCUCGAAACGACGUCGGCAAGAAACUCGCGGCUGGACGUGGCGAGCAUGGUCGGGAAGAGCACUCUCGUCCCGGCUGGCUCGACCGUUGGAAAACGAGGAAAGGGCGCUGGGUUCUACUGCGAGGCUUGUGACUUGACCUACAAAGACAACGUACAAUACAUCGAACAUCUCAACUCGAAGCAGCAUCUCUUCAACACUGGCCAAUCGGGCGAGGUAAAACGGGCGACCCUGCAAGACGUCAGGGAUAGGUUAGAGAUGCUCAAAGCACGCAAGAGACAGCAAGAAGAAGAGGACAAGAUGCUUGGUGAGGUCGACAUACAGGCCAGGAUCAAGAAGGCCGAAGAACUGGACGCUGCUGAGAGAGAAGAGAAGAGACGUAAGAGAAAUGAGAAACGCAGGAGAGGUGGAGGAGAGAAUGGCAUCAAGAAGGAGGAUGAAUGGGAAGGUCGACUGGGCAUUAUUCGUUGA